GGAAGCUCUUGGCGACCAUCUCACACCGGUGAACAAAGCCUCAAGGAGUUCUUGCUUCAACAGUGUUUGAACGGAACGUCGUUGUUUUCCGCCGACCUUCAGCCUCAAAACCAGCAGCAGAAAUGGAGUCUCAGGUGCGUCAGAACUACCACCGCGACUGUGAGGCCGCCAUCAACAAGAUGGCCAACCUGGAGCUGUUUGCCUCCUACACCUACACCUCUAUGGCCUUCUACUUCUCCCGUGAUGAUGUGGCCCUUCCAGGGUUUGCUCAUUUCUUCAAGGAGAACAGCAGCGAGGAGAGGGAGCAUGCUGAGAAGCUGCUGUCCUUUCAGAACAAGCGGGGAGGACGUGUCUUCCUCCAGGAUGUAAAGAAACCAGAGCGUGAUGAGUGGGGAACUGGCCUGGAGGCCAUGCAGUGUGCUUUGCAGCUGGAGAAGAACGUCAACCAGGCUCUUCUGGAUCUGCACAAGCAGGCCUCUGAUCACAAAGACCCUCAUCUGUGUGACUUCCUGGAGAGCCACUACCUGAACAAGCAGGUGGAAGCCAUCAAGAAGCUUGGCGAUCACAUCACCAACCUGACCAAGAUGGAUGCCAACACCAACAAGAUGGCCGAGUACCUGUUUGACAAGCACACCCUGGAGAGCUAAAAAAGGCCUAGAAGUGAAAAUAACCAACAGGUUUUAUGUUAAACAAGCUUCCGCUUCAUCUGUUGAUCAAACUAAACCUUUCAAACAUCACUGAACCUCUCAGCUGUCUGAAGAUGGUGUUGAGAAUGGAUUAUUAACUUGUGGGCCUGUUUCUACUUCCUGUUCUGAUCUGAAUAAAUGUUUUCAGCUGAA